CGUGUGCUGUGGAGUCAGCUGUGUGUGAUGGACAGACUGUAAUGUGAGAUGCACCUUACACCUCCCAGUCUUCACCAGCAGCCCAGAGCCUGUCCCGCGUCUCACAGAAGACGUCCUGUCAGAGGGGGGCGACACGACUCGCUGUGCACUCUCUUUGAGAGGAAGACUGCAACACUGUGUCUUCGUAUCUUCCUUCAUGGUGUUAUCAGCCCAGUGGAAGCUGCACUGGCCCUCACACUAACAGCACACACUGUGCCUCCUGCUGGGCUCAUCAUCACUCUUCAGAGAUACCGGAAACAUGGCACAGAUUCAGAAAAAAACCUCAACUAUGUCCCUAACUAUAUCAUCAUGCUCCCGUGACACAUCCUCCUCCUGCUCUUCAUCCUCCUCCUGCUCUGCUACAAUACAGCAGAGGCACUCAAGUCUAGUUCAGCCUGUCUGCAUCAGUCCUCAAAUGGUUCAGAACACAAACCAGGGUUCAGGGAAUUCUGGAGUGUCUCCAACUUUUGUGAAGGGUCUUCAUGACGUGAGUACAGUGAAGGGGCAGCUGGUGGUGCUGGAGUGCAGGAUCAGAGGAACGCCUCCGCUGCAGAUCUCCUGGUUCAGAGAGGACGAGCAGAUCAUCGACUCGGCAGACUUCCGGAUUCUUAGAAAGAAGGCAAGCUCAGCUUCUGUUCCUGAGGAAUUGUGCACCCUCGUGAUCACAGAGGCGUAUCCAGAAGAUUCUGGGAUAUUUAAAUGCACAGCAUCAAAUCAGUCUGGAACAGUGACAUGCAGUGCUAUGCUUGAAGUAUAUACAGACCUAGAGGAGGUGUCGGGAGAGGAGGAUGAGCCGUCCUCUCUAAGCUCAGCUGGACUAGAGCAGGAUGACCAGCCCUUGUUACUACAAGACACACUAAUUCCUCCUCCAGAAUGGCCAGACAGCUCUGAGGAAGAGACUGCUGCCCCUGUAGCACGGGAGUCUCUUGUGGACACGGACAGCAAAGUGUUGACUGAAGCUGCUGAGCUCUCCUCCAUGAGCAAACCUGAUCCUCCAGCAGAGGGGGUUUUAAAAACAGUGUCCCACAUCCAUUCCUUCCCACCAGCAAGCUGA